AUGCCGGUACGGUCGGGUUUUCUGCUGAUGUUGCUCUGGCUCCACCAACGGGAACCGGUGGCCUCGCAGGUUCCCGAACCCCAGAUGCCGCAGCGCUGCAAUGGAGGUAUCUGCAUCCUGCCGGAGCUGUGCCGUCCCGUCAGCGUUAACGUGUACGACGAGGUGCAUCUGGACUUCUUCAGCGUUUCAAGUUUCGAUCGUUCCAGCUCCGAUGAGUGCCGGCAGUCGGAUCACAAGUGUUGCCCCUUCGAGCGCAUCCUUCGUCCACCGGACACGGAUGCCCCGGACGAAGAUGAGAUCGUUUGCGCCGCACGGAACAACAACGGCAUUGGGCACGUCGAGCAGCCGGACAAAACGCGUGCCAAAUACGGAGAGUUUCCCUGGAUGGCGUUCGUGUACACCGCGCAGACCGAAUACGAGCUGUACCUAUGCGGAGGCACACUGAUCCAUUCGAAGGUGGUCAUCACGAUCGCGCACUGCGUUGAAAACCGUACCAGCAGCGAGCUUCGCGUGCGACUAGGUGAAUGGGAUCUCGAGCACAUGGUCGAGAUUUAUCCACCACAGGAUCGUGCCGUCGUUGCGACCAUCAUGCACCCGCAGUUCUACAGCGACCUGCUGCUGAACGACAUCGCGAUCCUCUUCCUCGACGAACACGUCGACUUUACGGAGGUGGUUGGCAUCGCUUGUCUGCCUCCGCAGAAUGAAAACUUUGACCACCAACGGUGCCUUUUCACAGGCUGGGGCGAAGACGAGCGAGGCCGCAACUCGUCCGUGCUCAAACGCACAAAGCUUCCGAUCGUUCCGAAUGGCCAGUGUCAACGCGUGUUGCGGCGACAUCUACUGAACCGGCACUUCCGGUUGCACCAAGGAUUCCUCUGUGCCGGAGGUGAAUCGGGCAAGGAUGCUUGCCGUGGCGAUGGUGGAUCACCGCUCGUGUGCCCAAUACCGCACUCCGAGAAUCAGUACUUUGUGGUAGGGUUGGUCGCGUUUGGAUACGAAUGUGGCACGCAAGGUGUGCCGGGAGUCUACGUGAAUGUUCCUCACUAUCGCGAUUGGAUUGAUGGUGAGAUAGAAAAGAUGUAUCAUGUUGAUAUCUUCGUUUAGGCCCAGCCCAACCAGCUCGAUUUGAGCUUACGUUCGCUCACAGUCCGCAUUAAGCUUAUGAUUACGCAA